AUGAGGCGGAUGACGCGGCGAAUAUUUUCACUUCUCCUCUUGGCUUUUGGAGGACUUUCUCUCCCUGCGGAUUCUUCUUCUCCUCCUCCACAAGAGGCCGUCAGCUUCUAUCAACUCCUUAAACUGCACAAGGGUGCUAGUGACACCGAUGUAAAAAGAGCUUAUCGUAAACUUUCCUUAGAGCACCAUCCAGAUAGAGUUAAGGCAAGAGAUGGCGACGCAAAAAAAGCAGAAGAAAUUUUUCAACAAAUAAAUAAAGCUUAUCAAGUCCUCUCGAACAGCCGCACUCGCCGUUUGUUUGAUACUUACGGUGAUCUAUUUGAGACCCAAGAAAGUUAUUAUGAUCAUAUAGAGAAACAUUCAAUAGAUGAACUUUAUUUUUAUAAACCUGGGGUGUAUCUACUGCAUGCACCUAAUUUAGAUCCUUUAUUACGUAAUUCUAAAUAUUCAUGGAUCGUUGGAUUCUACCAAUCAGGAUGCGGCAGCUGCGAGAGAAAAGUUUCCUUCUUCAGCGCCUUGGGGGCAGCAGCACAGAAGACAAAGAAAGUUCGCUUAGCAAUGGUUAACUGCAUGGUUUCUCAUCUUUGUCAUUUCUUUGGGAUUCACGAACUUGGGCAAAUUCUUUUAUUUCCUCCUAAACAAGAAGGAGGGGAUGUAUGGGAUAGUCAGGAAUACACAGGGCCCCUCUCUGUUCAAGCAAUAAUAGACCAAGCUUCAGAGCUGCAGCCGGUCUUCCUUGAAGAGGCAUCCAGCGACCGUCAUGUCAAGGAAGAACUCAGAAAACUAGAACCCUCAUAUUUGAAUUAUCAUCAGCGACUGCAACAAUACCUAGGUUUAAAGUUUAGGGUUUAA